UUUAAAAUUUAAUUAGAAGACACCAGGUCUGGCCCGGUGAAGCUUAACAGAGAUUUAUAUAAGCCACUCACAGGACAAGGCUGUUGCUGUGGGAGCUUCUGGUUGGGCUCGGCUACUGCAGCCGGGGGACUGGACUGCUCCCAACAGUAGAGCAUGCGAGGAACCACACUGAAAGAGGAGUUUGUUUGAGGUUUGGACCCUGGUUUCCAGCAACAGCCUGCCGUCCUCCCCGGAUCAAAUCUAGCUGGUCUAACGGCAGCCAGUCGCGCCUGGGAGUGGGCACCAGACGCCGGAGCCCGAGGGGAAGAGGGGAUGGCUUCUCUGUUCUUGUGUGGGAUGGAAAACCUGCUCUUCAAUGGCAGCUGUUUAGUGUGGAACCUGGCCGUGUCCAAGCUGAGAAAAUGGUACACGCAGAGACUCAGGGCUUGCCAUUACGUACUGAGGACGUGGUACAGGCAAAGGGAUAUAUACCAGAUGACGGAAGGCCGACAUUGCCGAGUACAUCUCCUUGAUGACAGAAAACUGGAACUGUUGGUGCAGCCCAAACUUUUGUCAAGAGAAUUGCUGGACCUUGUGGCAUCCCAUUUCAAUCUCAAAGAAAAGGAAUAUUUUGGAAUAACAUUUAUAGAUGACACAGGUCAGAACACCUGGCUGCAACUAGAUAACCGAGUUCUUGACCACGACUUGCCCAAGAAUCGAGGUCCAACCGUUUUGUACUUCGCGGUGAGGUUUUACAUUGAGAGCAUAUCGUUUCUGAAGGACAAAACCACUGUGGAGCUCUUUUUUCUGAAUGCAAAGGCCUGUGUGCAUAAGGGGCAGAUCGAGGUAGAAAGUGAAACGAUCUUCAAGUUAGCUGCGCUCAUUUUGCAGGAAGCCAAAGGAGACUACAUCAGUGAUGACAAUGCCAGGAAAGAUUUAAAAACCCUGCCCGCGUUUCCUACCCAGACGCUUCAAGAGCAUCCAUCCCUUGCUUAUUGUGAGGACAAAGUAAUUGAACAUUAUCAAAAAAUCAAAGGUUUGACUCGAGGGCAAGCGAUUGUUAGGUAUAUGAAAAUAGUAGAAGCUCUGCCUACUUAUGGAGUUCAUUAUUAUGGAGUAAAGGAUAAACAAGGCAUUCCUUGGUGGCUCGGAAUCAGCUAUAAAGGAAUUGGCCAGUAUGAUUUACAAGAUAAAAUAAAGCCUCGAAAAUUAUUUCAAUGGAAACAGCUGGAGAAUUUAUAUUUCCGUGAAAAGAAAUUUGCUGUGGAAGUUCAUGACCCUCGCAGAAUUUCGGUAUCCAGAAGAACCUUUGGGCAGAGCGGACUUUUCGUGCAGACCUGGUACGCCAAUGCUUCUCUCAUCAAAUCCAUCUGGGUGAUGGCAAUCAGUCAACACCAGUUUUACUUGGACAGGAAACAGAGCAAAGCAAAAAUUCCCUCCGCCAGGAGUUUAGAUGACAUCGCCAUGGACCUAACUGAUACAGGCACACCCAAGGUUUCCAAAUUGAUGACUUUGGAGGCAAAAACUCAGUUCAUCAUGGCAAGCAAUGGUAGCUUGAUCUCCUCAGGUUCUCAAGACUCAGAGGUCAAUGAGGAACAAAAGAGAGAGAAAAUAAUGGAACUGAGAAAGAAAGAGAAGCUUCUCCAAGAAAAACUUGUGAAGAAAAUGGAGGAACUUAAGAAGAUUUGCCUGCGAGAAGCAGAGCUCACGGGUAAGAUGCCAAAGGAGUAUCCACUGAAUUCAGGAGAAAAACCCCCUCAGGUUAGAAGGCGUAUAGGCACGGCGUUCAAACUGGAUGACAACUUGCUUCCCAGUGAGGAGGAUCCUGCCUUACAAGAGCUGGAAAGUAAUUUUGUCAUACAACAAAAACUGGUGGAAGCUGCCAAGAAACUUGCCAAUGAACCGGACCUCUGCAAAAACGUGAAAAGAAAACGGAAGCAGGAGUACGCGGAUGCUGUGAAGAAGCUACAGGAGAUUGAGAAUUCUAUCAAUGAAUACCGAAUUACAUGUGGCAAGAAACCAAGUCAGAAAGCAACCCUCAUUUUACCAGAAGAUAUCAUCCCAUCUGAAAGCAGUUCUUUAUCAGAUACAACAACCUAUGAUGAUGCCAACGACUCCUUCGCUCUCCCUUCCCAACGGUCCAGUUCAGUUCCGCAUUCUCCAAGAAUUCCUCCACCCAAGUCUCUUGGACUGGAAAGAAUUCACUUCAGGAAGUCUUCCAUGAAUGAGCAGCUCAUGGAAGGAAGGCAAUCCAGAGAAAUAUUGUCAACACAUAGCAGUCCCUAUAGGACCCUGGAGAGGCGUUCCCAGGGAGGCAGAAGCAUGCCGACCACCCCUGUUCUCACCCGAAAUGCCUACAGCAGUAGCCAUUUAGAGCCGGACUCGUCCCCACAGCACUGCAGACAGCGGAGUGGAAGCCUGGAGUCUCAGACGCAGCUGCUCUCUGAACUCGAUGACGACAAGCCGUUCUUUUCCCUUUCCAAGUCCCAAAGAAGCAGCAGCACAGAAAUCCUGGAUGACGGCUCCUCCUACACCAGCCAGUCGAGCGCGGAGUAUUACUGCGUGACCCCCAGCGCCGGCCCGUACUACACCACGCAGACCUUGGACACGCGCACGAGGGGCCGGAGGAGGUCCAAAAAGCACCACGUCUCCGCCUCCAAUUCCGGGAGCAUGCCCAACCUGGCCCCCAAGGACGCGAGGAACGGGGGCUACCCAAAGAGCCAAGAACAGCCCUCCUGCAGCUACUUUAUUUCUGGCUACCCGCCAUAUGCCGACUAUGACCUUUAUUACAGCGGAGGGUAUGUUUAUGAGAAUGACACGGAGGGGCAGUACAGCGUCAACCCUUCCUACCGCUCCUCAGCCCACUAUGGCUAUGACCGGCACAAGGAGUACCGCGCCUACCACGAGGACGAGGUGGACCGCGUGCCCCCCAACCCGUACGCAACCCUGCGCCUGCCCAGGAAGGCGCCCGCCAAGUCCGAGCACAUCACCAAAAACAUUCACAAGGCCUUAGUUGCGGAGCACCUCCGGGGCUGGUACCAGCGAGCCUCCGGGCACAAAGACUUGGGCCACAGCUUGCCCGCCAGCUUCGACUCGGACCGGGGCUCCCAGAGGAACCUGGGCUUCGCUGCUCUGCAGGUGCCCUGCUCCCCAAGCAGCCGCACGUCCUCCUACACGUCAGUGUCUUCCACGACUGCAUCCGGAAACUGGAGGACACAGAUAACAUUAGGGUUAGCGGAUCCUCUCUCACAUUCUACUUACAGCAGCUGCUAUGGCAAUGUCUACAGUCCUUUGCCACCUCCAAGCAGACAGUAUGCCGAAGCCAGUCAACUGGACAGUACAGAUGGGAACCGGCUGGAAAACAACUUGGACAGUAACGAACAGAGGCUCUUUUGGCACGAAGAUUCCAAGCCCGGAACAUUAGUCUAAGCUGCCACCUUGACCAUUUUUAUUCAAGCUCUGCAUUCUAACCCCAGUGUGCCUUGCCCAAUGUGCUGUUUUUCUGAAAAGAAAUCCUCUUCUGAGAUUCCCCAGACUUCAAAAGCCGGAGACGACACCAUUUUAAAAAAUAUUUUGUUUUUACCACCGCCACACCACCAAAACUCCCUAAACUUGUUCUUCAGACUCCAGCUGGUUGGCGUUAACUGAGCAAGCUUUAGACUAUGGUUGGGUGCGUCUUUUUGUUGCAUUUUUUAAAAAAUCCUCGACAAGUUCGAGCACUUGGUUGAAGUAUUUAUGUUGAAGAAGCACUUUUCAGGUGUCGUAGGCUAAACUGCAGAUCAAAAAGGGGGAGACUCUUUUCAAGAGAAAGCAGGAACUUUCAGAGCACAAUUCCGAUGGAUAAAUUGAAGAAAAGCAACACUUGAAAUUUUUUUUUUUUUUUUAGGCAUAUGAGGACUGGCAGAUUUUAGACAGUAUUGGAAAAUUUACUUGAAGUAAGGAUAGAUUUUAAUGGAGGUCGAAAUAGGUUUUAAUGUUUUUUAGGGCAAUGUACAGAGAAAUGUUUUUUGUGAGCACUGUGAAGCGGAUUCUGGGGGGGAGAACUGGGAUGACAGGUGAGGGAGGGAGGGAGGGAAGUUCAAGAGAGGCUUGGGAAUUGCUGUUGCAGCUUCAAAUAUGACUAUUUUUUUUCACGGUAGCAGAAUUGGGAGAUGAAGCAAUAUGUUCAAAUCAUUUACAAACGUGCUUUGUGCAUUUCCAAAGGUACCAUUUCACUGUGCCGAUGAGCUCAUUUUGUCACACCGAGCUGCAUGGUGAGUGACUGUUCGAUUGGUAAUGAUCCCAUUGGGCUACCAUUUUUCACGGCCACUGGGCUAGGGAUUGCCUCCAUUGUCAUAAAGUUCUAAAGAGGAAACACUGUGAUGGCCAGUAUUUUAAGGUGAUGCAAAAAAAAGAAAGAAAGAAAGAAAGAAAGAAAAAGAAAAGAAAAGAAAAAAAAAAAAAAGGAAAGAACCCAGCACCCAGAACAACUGUGCCUUACAAUUGUGGGCAUUAGGAUAGAGCACCACUGUCUGAGCACUAGGUGCAAUUCUAAGUCACCCGGUGAUAUCAGUAACAGUGUUCCUUUUUAAAUAAUAAUAAUAAUAAUGAGCUCCCACGAUGCAAUUGAUUGAAUUAUGAGGCGAAAAGCUACCUCGUAUUUUCUAUGGAGGAACAAAUAGAGUCAAUGCAGGAUUUUUCAGAAGCACUCACUUUCUUUGUAAAAAGGAUUCUUGUUUCUCAUCUGCACUGUGCUUCAGAAUUCCAUCAAAGGUGCUCUGUUUUUUUUUUCCUUUUUAUACAGAUGAUUAGUAACUCAUUGUAUAUAUUGUGAAUAGAAAUGUUUCUGAUAGACUUUUUCGAACAUUUUUUACCUAUAUCCCAAAGCAUGUAAUAUAUACAUAAAGAUAGAUUUGUUAAACUGGUCCUUAGUCAUUUGUAUCAUUAGAAAUAAAGUUUUGUUUUGUUUUGGUUUUGUUUGGGGGGGGGGGGUGAGAAUUAAAACAGAAUAAUUAACUUAAUUCCUUUUUUUUUUUUUUUUUUUCGUAUUUGUAUAACCCACUAGAAACAGAAAUGCCCUUUUGCAUAUUUUUUUUCCUUUUCCAGCUCUGAAGACCUAUUACUUUCACAUAGGUCAAUAAACUGAAAAUGUGCUACGGAAAA